CCGCGUCCUGUGACUGCAGUCAGGUGGUUGUGGGGGUUUUCUUCCCCUCCCUCCAUCCUGCUCCGGCUUCCGUGGGCCGGCCCAGCGGGGAGCCGGCUGGGGAAAGUUGGAGGAAAGUUGCCGGUUGGGAAAGUCGAGAGGCGGGAUAGUCGCGGCCCCGGCUGUCAGGCUUCCCCGCCGGGCCCCCAGGGAGGGCCGAGGAUGGCUGGCGGGGAAGGAGCGGGCUCCGGCGUGCUCGAGUGUAGGGAGCACCUCUUCAAGGUGCUGGUGAUCGGGGAGCUGGGCGUGGGUAAAACCAGCAUUAUCAAGCGCUACGUGCACCAGCUCUUCUCCCAGCACUACCGGGCCACUAUAGGGGUGGAUUUUGCGCUCAAAGUCAUCAACUGGGACAGCAAGACCCUGGUGCGACUGCAGCUCUGGGAUAUAGCAGGCCAGGAGCGCUUUGGAAAUAUGACUAGAGUAUACUACAAAGAGGCAGUUGGUGCUUUUGUGGUCUUUGAUGUUACAAGAGGGUCUACUUUUGAGGCUGUUUUAAAAUGGAAGCAUGAUUUGGACAGUAAAGUACUGCUUCCCAAUGGCAGCCCCAUCCCUGUUGUUCUUCUUGCAAACAAGUGUGACCAAAAGAAAGAUGGCAGCCAGAACCCCACUCAAAUGGACCAGUUCUGCAGAGAAGGUGGCUUUGUUGGAUGGUUUGAAACAUCUGCCAAGGACAACAUCAACAUAGAUGAAGCUGCUCGAUUCUUGGUGGAAAACAUCCUUACCAACUACAAAACCUUUCCUAAUGAAGAGAAUGAUGUGGGGAAACCAAAACUGGACCUAGACCCAUUGAAAGCAGAGAGUAAAUCACAGUGCUGCUAAUGAUACCACUGUUCAGUGAAUGUGAUGGGACAAGCAGCAAGACUGUUCCUUAAAUCAAACUGCUGCUAUGGUGCUGCAUUGUGACAAUUCAUAUGGGCUGUCUGGUAUUAUCUAAAUAGGUGAUUCCUGUGGGUGUUUACAUAUUCUUGUUUUGCAUGAAACUGUGUAUCUUGGGAGUUAUCACUCCACUUGCUUGAGUGGCUAAAUUUAAAUCUUAUUAAUGUCUUCUUACCUGAGAAAAUAAGGUAGUGUUUACACUCCUAAAAAGGAACAAAGACAACAUUCUGUGUCUAGUUUGCUUCUAGGAUGUAUGCUACAUUCCAAAUAGGACUUAACUUGUCAUGGUUUUAGCUGUUCAGGUACUUGUACCUUUAAAGUAAACUUUUCCUUUCUCACGAGUAAUAUCCCACUUUAGCCUUCUCACUUACACAUAUGUCCCUAUUUAUUAUCCCCCUCCAUGAGAAUCUGUCUCAUUGCUAGUUCUUCUGUUUUGAGACAUCCCAGAAAUAUUGAAGGGGCCAAUGACAGAUGGGAGGUAUGUUAGUGUGUUCACUAGGACUGAGUGAAGUAGAUGGCUUUUACCACUGAGUAAGAACAAGAUCUGUAACUGAUGGUAUUUAACAAGGGAAAGGCAUGGUUAUAGAGAUACUAACAAAAAUACAUGUCUGGCCAUUUAAGGCAGAAUAUUUUCACCUAAUACUUUACAUAUGAAACACAUUAAUGGAUACAGUUGAACUUUUGGCACAUAGUUAUGGUAAUCUCACCUAUAUGCACAUCCAGAAAUGAACAUCCCGUAACUUUUUCAUGCAUUAACACUGGAAGCUUUACCAAGAGUGCAAAAAGUGUCUCACUGUUCUGUGAUAAUGAAUUUGCUGCUUUUUCCUUUGUCUUCGUAGUUCUAAAUACUAUGAGAAAGGAGAGAGGUCUUGAAGGAAAUAGCUUAACUGGUUCUUGCUAGCCUAUCAAACCCUUUCCCCCAUGCCACAAGCUCUAUCUUUUUCAAUUUUAGAACAGUGCUGCACUCUUCUGACUAGUUGGAGCUGGUGAACUGGUUUACCACUUUGUAACUCGGUAUACUGAGAUGCUUCUGUUUCCUUGUUAUAACUCAUGUAUUUUUAGCAGCAAGUGAAGAUCAAAAGGGUUAGAGAGAUUUCACAGUUCUUAAAUACAUUCUGGAAUUCUGCUCUCCUUGGUUGAAAGGCUAUGGAACUCCCCUUUAUUUUGAGGGUUUCUUCUGUCCUGGUACCUCAUUGCUACUGACUUCAGAAGUCUUAUCUUUCUUGGUCUGAUGAUGCUGACGUUUUCUUAAACAUCAGCAUGAUGUAUGUGCCAGAUUGGGUAUACUUUAAUCUGUGCUGAGAUUUCUUAGACUGUCAUCUUUUUUUUUUUUUUUUUCCUAAAGAGUAAUGUAGUUUUUAAGAGAAAAAUAAACGUAUUUGGGCAUCUUAGGUAUGUCAUUGUUUGCUUUUGAGAACUUGAAUCUUCACCCUAUACACAAAUGCUUUCAUUCACAUUUGGAAACAACUUUGUCUUCUAGUAGUUUGUAUGCAAAAGGCUUAUCUUAAAAUGCCAA